AUGUUCAGCCGUCUGGCUACCGUCCUCCAGGAGCUCUCUGGAGAGGAGGCCCCAGAUGGAGAGCCACAGGACACACUCGUGCCUCAGCUGCCUCACAGCGAGGGCCAGGCUCCACAGGAGGCUGAGGUGCCUGAGGAGGCCAUGGAGAGGCUAGCCCACCUGGAACAACUGGUGGUUCAGCUGAAGGAGCUCAUCAGAGAGAAGGAUACUCAGCUGGUCCACAAGGACUCUGAGCUAGCCAACAAAGAUGCACAGCUCAAGAAUGAAAGGGAAGCAUCUGAGGCCCGCUUCGCCAAACUCAAACUGCAGGCGAAAGCGAAGAUGGCUUCACUCAACAAACAGAUCACAGAUCUGAAAGGGCAAGAGGGAGCAAGUAGCCCAGAAAGCUCCUUUACAGGAGCUGGUGCUGCACUGGAGGAUGAGCUCCAAGAACUGAAGACCAAACUGAGUGAGGAGGAGGCGAACAGCAGGGUGCUUAGGGAACGACUCCAGACCACUGAGCAGCUCCUUCAAGAGAAGGAAGCGACACAUGCUGAACAGCUGCGGGUACUGCAGGCUGUCGUCUGUGACAAGGAUGUGCGUUUCCAGGAACAGAUCCAGAAACACGAAGAGGAGCUACUGAGGGUCACAGUGCAGUCUCAGGAUGACACAGAGCUUCAGCAGGCUCUGCAUUCAUCCCAGCGGAGGUGUGAAGAGCUGGAAGAGGCCAUGCGCUCACGGUCAGAAGUGCUGGAAAUGCUGCAGCAGGAAGUCAACAGCGCUGAUCAGCAAAAACAAAUCCUAACUGCUCAGUUCCGACAGAUGGAGCAGGAGCUGGCUGAGGCUGUCAGGCAGAGGGAGGAGGAUAGGCAGCAGUGGGCCCAGCAGGCUAGCAGGGCUGAUGCAGAGCUAACAGCCCUCAGAGCCAGACAGGAGGCCUUGGAAAGGGAGGGAAUGGAGGUGGCAAGGCUGGAGAGGGAGCUGGCCUCCCUGAGAGCAGAACAUGAAGCAGUCAGUGGUAGCCAGGAGGCUUUGGAGAAAGAAAAGAUGGAAGUUGCCAGACUGGAGAGAGAACUGGCUUUGAUGAAAGAGGCUGAGCUUGCAGCCAUCCAAGCAAGCCAUGAUGCCUCAGAGAGAGAUAGGGUGGAAAUCACUCGCCUUGAAAGUGAACUCGCAUCUGUGAAACAGGCAGAAUGUGCAGCUAUCCAUGCCAGCCAGGAAGCCUUUGAAAGGAAGAGGAUGAAAGUUGAUGAACUUGAGAAAGAGUUGGAAGAGAAUCAGAGGAGGGGUGAGACCUUGGCAGAAGUGUGGCGACAUCUAAACUCCCUGGCUUCAGGCGAUGUUCACACAGCAGAGGAAAGCCCCAUCCCUACUGACCUCUCCCUGUUCCUGGACACUCUGCAUGCCCUGGGGGCCCAGCUGACAAAGCUGAAGGAAGAGCGGGGAGAGAGUGAUGAACGCUGUGCCCAGGUCACCCACUCCAUGGAAACCCUUCAGGAACAACUAGACAGAAGAACCACAGAAAAAGAAGAGGCUGUUGCCAAGAUACAGCAGCUCGAGGAGCAAAUUGGACUGAUGUGCAAGGAAUCACUGGGCCACCAUGAGAGUGAACCAUCAGCACAUGAUUCAUCUGAAGCUGGACAAGCACACAUACUGGCUUUGGAGCAGCGGCUGUUGGAGAAAGACAAUGAGCUGGUUGCCUUGCGAGAAUGCCUUGCACAGGCAAAGGAGCACAGCUCCAAGGGGGGUGCAUCAGGUGAAAGCUGUGAUCAGAAUCAAGAGCAGGGGCAGCUUACCAUCAGUGACCCCCAUGACAGUCCUACAGUCCUUCCUGACCUCCUGGAGGAUACACCAGAAGAGGAGACUACCUUAGUUGCAGAGGAUACCUCUGUACUCUCUGCCUCUGCUGAUAAUGAGAGUAGUCCAGAGCUCAUUGGCCCUCAGUCUGAGUCACCGGGAGAAUCCAAAGGGGCCUCAUCAGAUGAGAUGGUAGCCAGUAGUGAUUCUGAGGUAGCCCACAGCAGCUGGACCCUCCUGGAAGCUGUGAAUCAAGAUGGAGGUCAGGAGUGGCCCUCCAUUCUGCAGGACUUUGGCCAGCUGCAGCUGCAGUCAUGGGAGGAGACCAGCAUGGAGCAGGGAACCUCUACAGUCCAAGUCGAGUCCUCCUCUGUCAUUAUACGAGAAACAGUGCAAGUUCAGCUCACUCAGCAUGAUGUUCCCUCCACUGACUCUGACUUGACCUCUGGCCAGGUCUUCGCCCAGGUCCUAGCUGAUGAACUUCAGAAGAGGUAUAGUGAACUUAUGGCUGAACUCCAGAGACUCAGAGAGACAUCUGCACAGUCACAGGAGAAAAUCCAGAGUCAGGAGGAAGAAAGACAGUCACUAGCAGCUGCCAAAGUAGAGGCUGAGUCCCAGGUCACUCAAUUUGCAGAGGAACUCAGGUCAGCCAGAGAGGAGCUGGACAAGAUAUGCCAGGAAGGUAGCUCUCUGAAGGAGAAGCAUAGCAUUGAAAUGCGGCUUUUAGAGGAACAGAUAGACAUCUUGCACACUGAAAGCAAAAAAAAGGAGCAGAGCAUCCAGGCCUUGCAGACAGACCUGGAAGAGGCCCAGAGGGCUCUCUCUGAGCAGGAGGGUCAAGCCAGGAUGCUGAGUGCUCAGUUGGAGGACAGAGAGCUCCUCUCCUCUGAACUAGAAAGGAGGCUUCAAGAUAUGGAGAGUAGCUUGUUGGAAUACUCUCAAACAACAGAUCUGACCAAUGCCUCACUGUCAGAGAAGAACUCAGAGAUCAGUGAACUACAGCUCCGUCUCACCCAGAAAGAACAAGAGAUUAUGGAGCUGAAUGACAGUAUGUCUGCCAAACUUCUCCAGGUAGGAGAAGAGAAGUUCCUGAUAAGCAGCGAGGUCAAGAAACUAAAAGAUCAGAUACAUGAACUAGAGAAAGCCAGAAGAGAAGAGAAACAGAAAGUGAAUGAUGGAGGCUCAACAGUUGGUGCUGACGAUGAAUUUACUAGUCUACAGAAGGAGAAGCAAGAGCUAGAAACACAAUUGGUAAACAUGAAGAAGAAGUUUCAGGUGGCACUUGUGCAACGCAAAGAGCUCAUGAAGAAAGUAGCUGAUUUUGAGGUGGAAGCACAAAAAUGGAAAGAGCAAGAAAGCAUAGGAACAGUGGAGAAUCCUACAAAUAUACCAGAGGUAGUAAAACACAGAGGACAGGAUAUUGAGGAAAUGGAGGUGAUGCUAAAGGGAGUCAAGGAAGCCUUAAAAUCCAAAGAAGAUGCAGUUGAGGCUCUUGAGAAGAAAAUCUGCCAGCAGGAUCAAGUUCUCGCUGAGACUCUUGCUCUGAACAAAAAGCUUUGUGAAGAAGCCGAACACAUUCAGCAGGCUGACCCCUCUACUGACACAGAGUUACAUUCUCAACUGGCCGCUCUUGAGGCAGAGUGUGAAACACUUCAGAAGAAACUUGUGGAAGCCCAAGAAGCUCGUAAAGAAACCAUUCGCAAAGCCAAAGAGAAGGAUAGACACCACCGUGAACAACUGAAGCAGCAGAAGGAAGAAUACAAUGAGCUUUUGGAACGUUUUGAGGUACAGAAUGGGGAACAGGAAGUUCUUCUUACUAAACUCAGAGAGUUAGAGGAACUGCAGGCACAUAAAAAGGAAAACAUAGAGAGGAAAGACGUGCUUCAUCAGGAGAAUGAGCCUGUGGCAAAAAUGCAGGACAAGGCAGCAGCAGGUGAUUGGGUUCAAGAGGACUGGGUGGAUUUUGCUUCACCUGAGACUGAAUCAUCACAGCAGCAAUGCAAUAACCCAAUUCAGCAGCCUGAGGAACAAUCUGAGGUCCUCUCUGCAGAAAAGGAGCUGUCUUUGAGAACUCUUCGAGAAGAUGUCCAAUUUGUGCAGAGUGCUCACACAAUUCUAGAGAAGCAGCUUCUGGAAACCCAGGCUAGUCUGUCACUGAAAGAAACUGAACUGUUGGAAUUGGGCAAAGAAGUUGAAGCCCUGAGAGAAAAGGAGAGGCAGAUUGAUUUGCUUUCAGAUGAAAUGGAUGCUCUUAGAGAUAAGUAUCAGCAAGCUGAGUCUUAUGCUGAAACCUUAAAAGUAGAGAUGGAGGCUGCAGCCAAAGCAGCAUGUGCAGAUUCAGAGUCCUCCAUUGUGACUCUGCAGGGAGAAGUGGAGGAGUUUAAGCAGUUCCUCAACAAUAAGAACCAGGAGAUCAUGGAGCUAAGUCAGCAGCUUAGUGAGCAGAACUCACUCCUAUGCUCCAUGCAGGACACAGUGUCUGAAAAGGACAAGCUAAUAGCUUCCUUACGGGAAGAACUGAAAGCUGAGCAAGAGAGGACACAGAAAUUAGAAGUUGAGGUUCCACAGAAGCAAGAGGAAGAAAAAGACAGUGAGGCCAAGAUCCAGCAGCUUCAGCGGAAGCUCCAGGCUGCUCUGAUCUCUCGCAAAGAGGUACUCAAAGAAAACAAAAGCCAGAAAGAGGAACUAGCUACCACUGAGAAGGUCCUAGCUGAACUGCAACAGAAAUUGGAAGCUAAGGAGGAUGAUCUAGAGAAGCUAAGAGCAGAAAGAGUUAGACUGAUUGAAGAGAUUGACCAGACAUUACUGGAAAACCAAAGUCUUGGAUCAUCCUGUGAGAGCCUCAAACUGGCAAUGGAAGGCAUACUAAAUGAGAAAGAUGCUUUUAAGAGAGAAGCUGAGUUUGUCAAAGAGGAGGCUGCCAAGUCACACAGAGAAUUGGAGGAAAAAAUUCAAGGCAUGAAGGAUGAGUAUGAGACUCUGCUUAAGUCCUAUGAAAAUGUUAGUGAUGAGGCAGAGCGUGUGAGACGUGUCCUUGAGGCUGCUAGGCAGGAGAGACAGGAGCUAGCAGCCAAAGUGAGGACUCAUGAAGCAGCUAGGCAGGAGGCUGAAAAGCAGACAGAAGAAGCACAAAGAGAAGUGGAUUCAGUCAAAGACAAGAUGAGAAAGUUUGCCAAAACAAAGCAGCAAAAAAUAAUGGAGUUAGAGGAGGAGAAUGAGAGCCUUAGAGAGAUGGAGGAAAAGAAAGAAACAAAACGAAAAGACAGGGCACUUAAAGCUGAGCUUGAAAGGCUUCAAGAAGAGCUUGGGAAUGUGAAAGCUGAUUUGGAUGCGACAGCAGCAGAACGAGACUCUUUAGGGCAGCAGAUUGAAGAUUUGAGGGAACAACUUGCUCAAAAGGUAGAAAAAGGGAACAGUCAAAUUCCAGCUACAGCUCUUGACUCUGCUGCUGUUAUGGAGGAGGUUGCCACUGUUCAGCAAGUAAGCAUUGUCAUGGCUGAAAUUCCUGAAAGAGAACCUGCUGAAAUACAAUCCGAAGACAAAGAACAGCCCAUAACUACAGAGGAAGCUCAAACUGACAAAGUAUCUUCAGUAUCUGCACCAGAAACACACACUCAUCCUACUGAGGAGAGAGUAAAAAUGGAAUUGACUGAAGGUGAUCAUACUGUAUUAGAGAAUAAAAUAAGGGAGUUGGAGGGAGCUCUUAUCUCAGAGAAGAAACAGAGGCAGGAAAGGGAGGCUGAACUCAAAGGUGAACUGUCCUCUCUUGAGCAUCACCUCCAGGAAAGUAAAGAAAAGGAGAGCCUUAUGGCCUCUCUUCAACAAAGCCUCGAAGAGAGCAAAGAUAGGGAAAAGAGCCUGAUUGAAGAGGGUUGUAAAAGAGAAGCACAGUUUAAAGAACUCCGCAGAAGCCUUGAAACUGAGAAGGAUGAUCUGGAGGAACGCCUGAUGAACCAGUUGGCCCAACUCAAUGGCAGCAUCGCCGGCUACCAGCAAGAGGCAACAGACACCCGGGAUCACUUGGCAGAGCUGCAACGGGAAGUGGAGAGGUUGGAGCGGGAACGAGCCGAACUUGAGGUCCAGGCUCAGAGUGAGAGAGACCGGGCAGCAAGGCUGGAAGAAGACAAGAGGCAGGCCCAGAGAGAGAGAGCUGAGGCUGAAGCAGAGUCUGGUAAGCAAAGAGAGCUGGAGCAACAGCUGAGGUCUGCACAAAGAGUCAAAGAAGGCAGCCAGAGCAGAGCACGUCAGCUGGAAGAGCUAUUGCGGGAAAAGCAGCUGGAGGUCCGUCAGCUGCAGAAGGACUGCAUCCAGUACCAAGAGAGGAUCAGUGAGCUGGGAAGGGAAGCAAAGGCACUGCAGCUUGGCCGUGAUGAGCUCCUAAAUGAACAAGAAAAGUCUCGUUUAGAGAUUUCGAAUAUUCUAGAGGAGUUGAAGAGGACUGAAGCUCAGCUUGUUAACUGUAAAUCACAACUUGAUGAGGCUCAGAAAGAGGCAAGGCAGACCUUAGCUGAGAAGAUGACCUUUGAACAGGCAGUUUUGCAGAAGGAGGCUUCGAUGAAAGCUGAGGCAGAGCAAACCUUGGACUCUGUGAGGUUCAGGCUGGGAGCUGAAUUGAAGCAGAUGGAGCUGAAGCUGGAAGAAGCUUAUAGAGAAAAGGAGAAGGAAGAGGAGGCUACAUUAGAAGCCAGGGAAAAAGCAGAGGGAGCUGAGAGGCGGGCCCAAGAGAUGCAGGGCCGCCUCGAUGAGUCUCUUGCCAGGUUGGCUGCCUUCUCACGCUGCAUGUCAUCACUACAAGAUGACCGGGACAGAGUUUUGGAUGAAGCCCGGCAGUGGGAGGCUCGCUUUAAUGGUGCCCUCCAAGGGAAGGAGUCUGAAGUGCGUGAGGCUGAGACACGGAUCAAGGAACUGUCUGAACAGCUUCAGAAGGAAACUGCUCUGAAAGACCAGCUUCAGCUUUCAGUAGACAGACUUGAGAAAGCAGACAAAGAUUGGCAGUUGAAACUGGAAGAGAACGAAAAGAAGGUCAAAGACAGCCAGGCUGUCCUGGAGGAGGAGAGACGCAAGCUUCAGCAAACCACAGCUGAGCUGCAGAGCACCCAAAAUGAAGCCCGUGCACUGGAAAAUGAACUGGAGGGUGUCCAUCACAGGACCCGUGCUCUGGAGGAGGGUGUUGGGAGGCUGCAGGCUGAAGUUGACCAGGCCAGGGCUGAACUGAGAGAGAGGGAGGCUGAGGAGAGGAGGCUGUGCCUAAAUGUGGAGCAGCUAGAGGCAGACCUGCGCUCCUCCAAGGUCUUGACAGAGAGCUUGCAGAAUGAGUUAAGUGGGAAGGAGAAGAGAGAAUUGGAACUUCUGGGGGAGAAGGAACAAGCUGUCACUCAGGCUGCUGAGGAGGCUAGAAGAGAGGCUGACAGCAGAGCGCAAGAAGCAGAGAGGGCGCUAGAGCAAAGGAGAGAGGAGUUGCGGGAACUGGAAGAUAAAUUUCAAAAGACAGAAGAAGAGAGCAGCAACAGAAAAGCCAAACUGGACUCAUUCAUGAAGGCCAUGGGCUCCUUGCAGGAUGACAGAGACCGAGUCCUUAACAUGUACAAACAGCUAGAGGAGAAACACCUGCAGGUAAUGAUGGAGAAGGAUGCGCUGAUCCAGGAGGCUGCAGGCGAGAAUAACAGCCUGAAGGAAGAGUUGCGCUCUCUCCUGGUUCAGAGAGACGACUUGCAUGCUGAAAAGGCCAAGCUGUCUGCCCAGCUCCACGGCUACCGGGAUGAACUCAACCAAGUCCUCAGCAUGAAGGAUUCACAGCACAAGCAGGUUCUGGCUGCCCAGCGAGAACGCAUUACCUCUCUGGAAAGGCAGUGUAAGGAGUUGGAGGCUCAGCUGAAGGGCCUUGGCACAGAGAGAGACAUAGAGGUAGAAGCUUUGUCAGUCAGGCAGGAGAGGGAGAUUCUUAGUGAGGCUGGUGACAGUGGGAGAGUGUUACAGGUGAGAGACGCUCCUGGUGCAGAGGUUGAGAAGCUGAGGGAGCAGCUGCAGAUGGCAAGGGAGCAGGUGGAGGCCCUGGAGUCAAACCUGCUCAAGGAGAGGCAGGAGCAGACUGCCAGGAAUCAAGAGCUAGCUGAGCUGCGCUGGGAGGGGGGUGUGAUGCGGACGGAGUCAGAGAGUGCUCAGGAGAGGGUAGCUGAGCUGGCCCGGGACUUGAUGGUUGUUGAACAGAAGCUGCUGGAGGAGAAAGAGGCAACAACCCAACUGCAAGCAGAGAACCAGUCACUUAAGAGCGCCAUGGCCUCCCUCCAGGACAACAGGGACCAAGCAGUAAACAAAGCACAGGAACUGAGCCUUCGGCUAGAGGAGGUAAACAAGGCGGGGGGCCAGCUGGCACACAGCAGCCCAGCAGGCUCCACUGGAGAAGUGUGGGGACUGAAGAACGCACUACAAGCCCUGCAGAAUGACAGGGAGCGACUGCUAGAACAGCUCAAGAAUCAGAGCUCUGAGCUCCAGAAGCAGAAGUCAGAGCUGGUUCGGCUAGGAGCAGGAGAACUGAUUAAAGUCAGUGAGGAGCUGUUUGAGGAGAAGAGGAAAAAUGAGGAGAUGCUGGGUGCUGUGAAGCAGUUAGAGAGUGUGGUGGAAAUGGGCAACCAGGAAAUCGAAACACUCCGGCUGGAGCGUAUUGACUGGAUGGCCCAAGCAGAGCAGCUGAAGCAACAAACCCUCACCACGCUCUCAGAACGGGACCAACAGCUGCGUCACCUCACCACCAUGCUGGAAGAAGCUCGUACACCUAAACCCAAACUCUUGCAGGAGCACUAUCAGAGAGAGGGUACAGAGGAAGUGGACAGUGCUCCUGGAGCCCCACAGGAACGCAGCAGCCUACUGGAGAGCCACACCCACAUAGCGGAGAUGAAGGAGCUACAGCGGAGGCUGGAUGAAGAGAUGGAGCGCAGGCUGGCAAUUGAAGAGCAACUCAUAGCCUCACAAGACAUACUCAAACGUCACACCCAGUCUCAGUGGCAUGAAGGACAACACUCGGAAACUGCCGUCCUCAUCGAGCCGUCAGAAGGAGCCGUCACUCGGACUCGGAGAGGUGGCCCAGGCCUGAUGCGGAUGCUCCGUGUGGCCUUCUGCUCCCGCCAGCGCACCCCUCUACUGUUUUCCCUUUAUCUGCUCACUGUGCACGUCCUGCUGCUGCUGUGCCUGGGGGGAUACCUCUGAAGCCAACCUCCCUUUUUACAAAUCGACAGAUGAGUGCGAGAGGAAGGGAAAGAAAAUGGAAAAUGUGACAGACUAAACCCAAGCCAUCGCCAUGUUUUAUAUUGUUACAUUGUUACGUACGUUAAAAUUAGGGUUGAAGAACAGAACACAGAAACAAUGCACUUUUGAUACCCACAACACUAAAUGUAUGGCCAAAGUAUAUAGAUUUAUAUAGGGGCAGCUGAAAGCAUUCAUCAUUGAUUUUAACCAUGUUGAUGUGGAGAAUGAGAGACUGCGCGUGUUAGUUUUUCACAGCCAGGCUGGAUACAAAGCAAAGAAGACACUUGUAGUGAGCGAUCUCUAAUGCUUAGUUUGUUGAAAUACUACACAGCUUUAAUUUCUCUCGUUUUUAAGAAACCAUACAUUAGAUAAAAAUUUAGAUUGAGAGGUGUUUUGGCAGAUAGUGUUCUUCACGUGCCUUUAGACUUGGAUGUAAAAGGGUCGCUUUACAAUUGGAUGGCUUGAGGUUCAGGAUGUAUUGAUAUAUCGCUUCAUCUCCUACUCGAGUAUCAUGCACAAAAAUGGAGCACAGUGCAAUUUUUUUGUUCUAAUACAUUCCAAUCAUUUUUUCUUCUUGCAUAAAUCACGGUUAAAAAUAGGCUUUGGCUUUUUGGACCCUCUGUUCUAUAGGUAGUUUCUAUUAUGUGUGUAGGUUGGUUGUGAGAUUGUCUCCUAUGUAUCCCAUAAUGUUCCCAGUCCAUGCUUUUUGUUGCACUAAUUUAGAUUUUAUGGUUUGCUCUAUUGAUUUUAUGGCACAUUAAGUCGCCAUUCAGGUGCAAUGUUGGCACAGUGUGGAUCCAUUCCUGCUGAGAGAGACUGCUGGAUCUUCUAGUUACGUCCAUCACAUCUAGAUUGCUCGGAUGUAGCAUAAUUUAUUGCCCCCGUGUCAAAAUGUUGAAAUGUGUCUUUUAUCUGUCAGUACCAUUCCCUCUUUGUUUCUCCAAUACCUCACUGUUGGUACAGUUGACUACUCUGUACUCAUCUUUGUUUAGCAGUCUUGUUCUAUACAUCUUACACAAUAGUUUGGCCUCACUGAAUACACUUUACUGUACAUAACCUUUUAAAAGGGCUGUAUAGAAAAAUAAAAUGUAAUUAAGUUGUGGUUUAGAUCAGUGACCAAUAUUUUUAAAAUGCAGUCCACUGGGGACCUUUUUAAUUUAGUAUCUUGUCUUGUCUACACAUUGUUAUUUACUUACUCGUGUAUCUUGGUACAAAAAAAAAAAAAAAAAAACACAUUUGACUAUUUUUGGACUUUUGCCCCAACAAACAGUUCAGUGCAGACACUCAGAUUUCUUGUACCCAAUCCAUAGGAUAUAACUGCAAGUGAAUACUUCAUAAUCAGUAAGUAAUUUGCAGUUUCAGCUGACGUUAAUGAAGGGAAAGCGAGUGACCCAGCCGUGUCCUGUUCAUAACACAGAGCGCUCUGAGUCACCACGUCCUCCUGGUUUAUCAUUUGAAACUCAGGUUCAGACCAGCACUUUGCUGUGAUAAACGUGCUGGCACACAGGCACCUGAUUUUGACAUUUCAAAAUGUUCACAGUUUGUAACAGCAGAGCACGGCUCUUUCAGAUGUGAAGAACAGCCACAUCUGCACACUGUUUAUGCUGGCAUACCUAAUCACUACCUUAUCCUAAGCUUUGAAUAAAGGGAUAUUUUAAUGUGCAAGUGAA